AUGAAAUUCGCUCCCAAAUACAGUAUAGCGUUCAUACUCGCCACUUUGAUAUUGUUGUCCGUUGCGCCACGUUUGUCGUUGGCAAGAACUGCUGCAGAAUGGAGAACUCGUACCAUUUAUCAAUUAUUAACGGAUAGAUUUGCUCAAACACCAGGUCAAGAAAAUCUUCAACUCUGUUCUAAUAAUGAAAAUGAAUACGAAGUUAGGCAUUAUUGUGGCGGAACAUUUUUGGGAAUUGUGAACAAGCUCGAUUACAUCAAAGAUUUGGGUUUUGACGCGAUUUGGAUUAGUCCGGUUGUAAAACAAGUUGAGGGUGAAACGAGAUACGGUGUAGGAUGGCACGGAUAUUGGGCCCAAGAACUUUAUCAAAUCAAUCCACACUUUGGUACGGCUGAUGAACUCAAAAAUCUCGUUAAAGCUGCUCACGAGAAAGACAUUUGGGUUAUGAUUGACGUUGUACCAAAUCACAUGGGUCCACAGGAUGGAAAAAAUCCUAGAACCGAAGAAUAUGUUAAAAUAUAUAAUCCAUUUAAUAAAAUUGAAGAUUAUCACUUUUAUUGUGACAUUAAUAAUCCUGGAGAUCAAGGAAAUGUUGAAUAUUGUAGCCUAGGUGGUAAUUUGCCAUUGCCCGAUCUUGACACGGAAAACCCUGUAGUGGUCUCUGAAUUAAACAAAUGGGUCAAAUGGUUGGUCAAAGAAUUCGAUUUCGAUGGUAUACGUAUCGAUACAGCAAAACACAUUCGACAUAGUUUUUGGGAUGGGUUCACUCAAAGUAGUGGAGUAUUUUCAAUCGGUGAAGUAGCGGAUUCUAAUCCAGGAUUUGUUGGAUCUUAUCAAGGGCAUAUGGAUAGUACUUUAGGGUAUCCCCUAUUCCAAAAAUUACAACCUUUAUAUACUAAUCCUGGUGCUAAUAUGUAUGAAAUGAGAAAUGCCAUAAAUGAUAAUAGAAGAUUCUUUAAAGAUACUAGUAUACUAGGAAAUUUUCUUGAUGGUCAUGAUCAACCGAGAUUUAAUCAUAUAACUCAAGAUAAAGUUUUAUUUCGUAAUGCGUUGACUUUUGUCAUGUUAAUGGAUGGCAUUCCGAUAAUAUAUCAAGGAUCCGAACAUGAUUUUAUGGGACGUCCAACGGGAAGAGAUCCAUUUAAUCGUGAAGCGCUCUGGCCAUCUUCUUAUUCACAAUCGUCUCCCUCAUACAAGUUCAUCGCUAAUAUAAAUGCAUUCCGUAAAGUAUUACCUGGAACAUUCUUCUCUUCAUUAUCUAUCGAAGCUUGGAUAAAUGAACAUAUUUAUGCCUUUUUUAAAGACAAGGCAUUAAUCAUCACCUCUAAUUAUGGUGGGAAUAAUCUAAAUAUAAAUUUAAUUAUACAAGGAAACGGAAGAUGGCCUGUUGGUGAGGUUUUAAUUAAUAUUAUAAGAUGUGAAGAAAAGAUUACUAUUGAUGAAUCUCAUAAUGUCCCGGUUCAAAUUGACGGUGAACCAAAAGUACUUUAUCCCGAGAAAGAUUUAAAAGGUCUUGGCAUUUGUGGACUUUAA